AUGUCGUCGUCGUCUUCUUCGACUAAGUUAUGCUUCAAUUCGAACUGCAAAGAGCCGUUGGAGAAAUGGAGAAGAGGUUGGCGUCUUCGCACUGGCGAGUACGCUGACCUUUGCGAUCGCUGCGCUUCUGCUUACGAGGAUGGAAAAUUUUGUGAGACAUUCCACUUGAAGGCUACUGGUUGGAGUUGUUGCGGAUCUUGUGGAAAGCAAAUACAUUGUGGAUGUAUAGUUUCAUUCCAUAUGUUCAUACUAUUGGAUGCAGGAGGAAUUGAAUGCCUGACCUGUGCAAAGAAAAGUUACAUUUUGACCCCAAAUCCUGCAUGGCCACCACCUUCUCAAUUUCUUCCUUCACAGCACGAAAGUUUGAAGGACCUCUCCAUGAAAAGAUGGAGUUUGAUAGCUGGCUCAGGUCCUGUGCCGUGGCGAAAGGCACCCAGUUUUUUCAAUGGUUCUGGUGUCCAAUCUGAGUUGCAGCCUGGGAUGCCCUUUGAAGUCGAUGUAGUUGGUGGCAUUGAUAGAUUUCGUAUUAGUGACAGAUUUUCUAUCUUUUCUCUUGAGAAGAAACAAGAAAAUUCCUUUGACAGAUUGAUUGACAGAAAGCUGAUUGUUGGUCCAUCUGAAACACUUGAGAAUGAAAUUUCUGCAUCCAAUAGGGAAGAGAAACCUAAUCUCUCUGUAGCAUCAGUCGUAAAAAAUGAGUCUUCUGCUUCAAAUAUGAGUUUGGCUUCUGCUUUUUCAUCCAAAUAUGAAACAAAUAAUAUGAACCAUGAUUGUGCAAGUCUUUCACAAUGGCCCACUCUUUCAACUCCAAUGGGCAAGCACGUCUCCAGUCACAAUGGAAUGAACUCAGCUGGUGAAGCUGUAGUACAUACUGGAAAGGCUCGAGGAGAUUGCCGAGGCCGUAAUCAGUUGCUACCUCGGUAUUGGCCACGAAUAACUGAUAAGGAGCUACAACAAAUUUCUAGCAAUUCAAACUCAGUCAUUACACCUUUAUUUGAGAAAAUACUGACCGCUAGUGAUGCUGGACGGAUUGGACGCUUAGUGCUGCCGAAAAAGUGUGCAGAGGCCUAUCUUCCACUGAUAUCUCAGCCAGAAGGGUUACCUCUGAAAGUACAGGAUUUGAAGGGAAAGGAAUGGAUAUUUCAGUUUCGGUUUUGGCCAAAUAAUAAUAGCAGAAUGUAUGUCUUAGAAGGAAUCACUCCUUGUAUACAAUCAAUGCAACUGCAAGCUGGUGAUGUAGUAACGUUCAGUAGGCUGGAGCCUGAAGGGAAGUUGGUCAUGGGAGGCAGAAAAGCUUCAACCACUCCAUCCGAUCAGGGAGUUGAGGCUACUUUAACUGGGAAUAAUGCUUUGGCUCCUGAGGAUGAUAGUGGUAACCAGAUUACUAAAGCAGAUUCUGGAACAACCUGGUCUGAAAUUUGUAAACGGAGGUUCAAAGUGAAUGAAACACUUGAGGUUAAGCCUAUUAGUCACAGCAAGAGGAAGAAUAGCAUCUUGGGUUCGAAAGGUAAACGCCUUAGGGUUGAAAAUGAGGAUUUGAUAGAGCUGAAGAUCACGUGGAACCAAGCUCAAGGAUUGAUGCGCCCAUCUCCUAAAAUCGUUCCCACAGUUUUUGUAGUGGAAGACUUUGAAAUCGAAGAAUUUGAGCAUGCACCAAUUAUUGGAAGGCCUACUAUUCCCGCAAUUGAUCAUUUUGGUGAAAAGAUACAAUGGGUUCAAUGUGACGACUGUUUAAAGUGGCGCAAAGUGCCUGCCAAUGCUCUUCUUCCUUCAAGAUGGACCUGUUCUGAGAAUGUAUGGGGUCUUGACAGAUCUUUAUGUUCGGCUGCUGAGAAAUUAUCCACAGAAGAGCUUGAAGAUAUGAUACCUACCAUUAACAAAGUUUCUUUUAAGAAAAAGAAGAAUGAGAAACGGGAUUCAGAUUCGAUUGUGGCUCUGGAAGGACUCGAUGCACUUGCUAAUUUAGCAAUCCAAGGGGAGGAAGACGUUCUUCCAGCUUCAUCACAAACGGGACUAAGGCACCCACGUCAUAAACUUGGCUGCACAUGCAUUGUUUGCAUUCAACCUCCCAGCGGGAAAGGUCCCAAGCAUGAGCAAACAUGCGAUUGUGUAGUCUGCAAAUCCCUGAAGCGCCGUUGCAAAACCCUGAGGGACAGGCGUGAGAAGAAACAGUUGGAGAAAGAGGCUGAAACUGCAUAUCCAAGUCAACUACAAACUGAACAAGUGCCGGACAAUGAUAGUUGUGUUGAUGACUCCAGUGAGAGAAAAUUCUUGAUCUCACCCUUGAAAGGUCAAAUUGACCUUAACAUCCAGCCGGAGCGGGAUGAAGAGGUGUCACCUGGUUUAUAUUCCGGAGCCAUGAAAUGCUCAUUUACAGAUGCUACAGACGUAAAUUUUAGUCAGCAAGGAUAUUCAAGUUUGGGUGUUGGCAUAAAUGUAGUUGGCAAGCAGAUGCAGGAAGACGGCACUGGUCAGGCUAACUUCAGCAACAGUGUAACCCUGGACUGCCAUCUUGAAAAAACCGAUGUGGACCGUCAUCUGAUUUUACCAAUGGACACGGCAGGAUCCACAUCCUCGACCGCUACAUAA